UUUAAACCAACGGAACUUGCUGCAUUGUGAAAACAGAAAAGCGUAAAACUAUAACAGCUGGGGCAAAGGUCAUGCGUGACGUCAUCAUGCGGAAGUAAAGUCAAGAUGGCGGCCGAUGACAACAUCGCACUUUUAUUUCUGUUUUAAGACGCCAAAGCUGACCAAGGUGAGCCUUUCAGUGUCUUGGGAAGCGUCUAGAAGACAGCAAGAAGGUAACUGAUGAUGGGUACUGUAGCAGAAGGGGACGAUGAAAUCAGCAUCCUGGAGGCUGGCGCUCGUCUGGAGAAUGAUACCCAGCCGCUUCUGAUGGACCAGUCCAUGUGCAACAAUGGGGAGGAGGAUAGCGAUGGCUUACAGAAUGCCUCCUACUUUGCGCUGAAGAAGGCGUUUGCGGCGCUAAAGGUUCGACUGCGGGAGGUGGAGCAUGAAAACGAGAGACUUCAUCGUCAGGUCAAACAGCUGGAGUCAGGCUCAGGUGACUUCAGUGGUUCGGGCGCUCCCCGACCAGAGCUCAUGCCCAGCAUUAACAAGGCUUACGAAGCGUACAAGGAGAAAUGA